AUGAGAAUGCAGCAGACAACGAUCGACGAGCAUUCAACACACAACGGCCAGCCAGCCAGUUUAUCGGCAGCUGUCGGUCAGCGGCGACAGCUCGUCGGAGAAUUGAGCAAUUUUAUUGUUGAUUUGGUCCUGGAACGAAGAGAAGACCUCAUUAAAAACUCAAAUCGAAGAUUGACGACCGAGAAUUUGGCGCGAAAUGAGCACUGGCAAAAAAUUGCCGAGAUUGUUAACGAACGAUUCGAAAUUGCCGCCGAUAUCGAACGGGUCAAAUCGCACUUCCAUAAUCGCAAAAAGGUGUUGUUGGCGAGAAUCAAAGACGAGUUCAAGACUAUUCCAAAUAUCAACGAAAUGACGAUCGACGAGAAAAUUAAGGAAUUGGUCAACCGUCGAAUUUGUAUUGACAAACAUGAUGAGAAGUUUGCGAAAGUUUGUCUUGAAUUUGAAGAAGAAGAGAAAACGGCAACGGAAUCGGAGCAAUGCGCAGCUCUUAACCAAGUCUUUGGCGAGCAAGUCCACCCUUCCUUGUUAUCACAAUUGUUGAGCACGACAACAUGUGAUGAGACCCCAUCAAUUGCUUCAACAACCGAUUAUGAAUCCUCGCAAUUAUUGGCGAAAAUGUUGUCAGGACCAUCGUCAAAUUCGAAUUGCUGCAAUGGGACAAUGCAGCAAUUUCGGAAUAACCCGUCGCCAUCGUCAAAAGACGCGAAGCCCUAUUUAUCACAUCUCAUCGUUGACGUCACAUCGCCAAACGAGCUGAAAAGGCUUUUGUCGCUAUUGAUUGAUCAUAGAUUCACGCGAUUUCAACACAUCGAAUCUCAACAGAAUGCCGAUUUGCAAACGGCGAUGCCGAAAUUGGCCGAAGCAUUGCGAAGAAAUGAAAGACGUACAUCGCAACCAGUCAGCCAUACAAGAGCGUCGCCGUUUUCUGAAAACGUUCCUGAGAAUCAUGACGAGCAAUUACUGGAUGCUAUUCAAAAUAGAAUCGAACGAGUUGACGUUGAGCUGAAAACUGCGCCAGAUUCUGAUGAUGGUGAUUGUAUUGAAAAUGAUUCAAAUUUUGGAGAUGAUUACGAAUCAUUAGAAAGAGAAGGAUCGCCAUUGAAUAAAAGGAUGCGAGUCAGCUCGGAGCCGAUGGUUGUCACUUGUGAGGUAGUUUUGUCGCUCUUGAACAACAUCGCUUUAAUUAGGACGGCUCAGAUGUGUGGAGCUGACAUUCGAUUAAAUACGGGCGGCUCGAAAUGGAAUCUGUACGCGCAUGCCGUUCACAAACACUCAGAGUUCAAAGCAUUCCGAUGCACACUGUGUCCUUAUGAAUCUGGCAGGAAGAUUCGAGUUCGAGAGCACGCGACUUCGAUUCAUAAUCAAAAGAUUGAACCACUGGACUUGACAACACCCGAAAUCCGGAAAGAAUGGCUGAACACAAUGUCGAUGUGUUUCCCGCAGCACCGAUACAACAAAAAUACGAUUAACAUGAAAAUCCAGUGA